AUGACGAUAUUAACAUUGCCUUCAAUCGCAGGCGUUGGUAAAGAUUUCUUCAUCUGCUUGAUACUCACUUUACUUGGAUGGAUUCCAGGCCAAAUUUAUAACUUCUUCAUACAAAACAUAAGGGAUAAUACAAUGAAAGAGCGCACUCCUAAUUUCGCAAUCAAAUAUAAGUUAGUGAACAUCGAUAAACAUAAGAAAAAUCAACAGAGGAACUCUUGGAGACAGCGAUAUCAAUCAGGUAUCAAUUCUGCUGGUAUUUUCGAUUCACGCACUUCCUUGUCUUCUGAAAAUAGUGCAAAACAUUUCGAUUUACCUUUCAACACCGGUUCUGGCCCUGUCGAUAGCCAUAACUCAAGCUUUGUUAACGAUUUCCAUUCUACAAAUAUUGCGCAUACUAGUAAAUUUGGCUCUCUGUUCAAGAAUCCCUUUGGUAGACGUAGAAAAGAUCCAAAUUUAAACAAGAAUCGUUGGGAGCGGUCCCGAGUAUCACAUGAACAUCCACAAAUUAUUGAUCCCGAUGACGACCCUGAGGGUCAUGAUGGAUCCGAUGGUCCUGAGGAGCCCGUUGGAAUGUAUUAUAGCGCAGAACACUCUAAAGAUAAUCAACCAAAGGAUAAUGGAAACUUGGCCACCGAUUUAAGACACGAGUAA